AAUGUCGUGAACAGAUCCUCACCAAUGGUUGUGCAAGUUGAAGAUAAACAUCUAACAGUGGAACACCUGCUGAAACAUCAGGGCUGUUCUCACCUGGAAACCACUCGCUUGUCUUUUCAGUGGGCUGUGGUUUACAGAUGGACUCACCUCUCACAAUGAUAUGAGAUUUGUCAGGGGACGAUGCAUACAGGAGGAGAGACAUCAGCAUGCAAACCCUCCUCUGUCCGGCUGGCUCCCUCGUUUUCUUUCCAUUCGGCUGGUGUGCAGAUGGAUGCGCAGACGCCCCAUUCACACCUGCCGUUCAGUGAUGGUCACCUGCAGAGCGCUGACCAAUCAGCUGCUGCGCUGCCGUACACCUCGCAGGCUCUGCAACCCAACACCGCCCAGGUAACUGCUGAUAUGGUGAUGUUACAGCGGCGAAUGCCUCAGUGUUUUCGGGAUCCAGCAACAGCGCCUUUAAGAAAACUCUCCAUCGAACUGAUUAAAACCUACAAACACAUUAACGAGGUUUACUAUGCAAAAAAGAAGCGUCGUCACCAACAGGGUCACGGGGAGGACUCGAGUAACAAGAAGGAGAGGAAGAUUUACAAUGACGGUUAUGAUGAUGACAACUUUGACUACAUUGUUAAAAAUGGAGAGAAAUGGAUGGACCGAUAUGAGAUUGAUUCUUUAAUAGGCAAAGGGUCAUUCGGUCAGGUGGUGAAAGCGUAUGAUCGUGUGGAGCAGGAGUGGGUCGCCAUCAAGAUCAUCAAGAAUAAAAAGGCCUUUCUGAAUCAGGCUCAGAUUGAAGUUCGACUGCUGGAGCUCAUGAACAAACACGACACUGAGAUGAAGUACUACAUCGUUCAUCUGAAACGUCACUUCAUGUUCCGGAAUCACUUGUGUCUGGUGUUCGAGAUGUUGUCGUAUAACCUGUACGACCUGCUGAGGAACACAAAUUUCCGUGGCGUGUCUCUGAACUUGACGCGUAAGUUCGCUCAGCAGCUGUGCACCGCGCUGCUCUUCCUCGCCACGCCUGAACUGAGCAUCAUCCACUGUGACCUCAAACCAGAGAACAUCCUGCUCUGCAACCCCAAGAGAUCGGCCAUCAAGAUUGUGGACUUCGGCAGCUCCUGUCAGCUUGGACAGCGGAUCUACCAGUACAUCCAGAGUCGCUUCUACCGCUCACCGGAGGUGCUGCUGGGAAUGCCGUAUGAUCUGGCUAUAGACAUGUGGUCACUGGGCUGCAUCCUGGUGGAGAUGCACGCUGGAGAGCCGCUGUUCAGUGGCGCUAAUGAGGUCGAUCAAAUGAACAAAAUCGUGGAGGUUUUGGGGGUUCCUCCCAAUCACAUUCUGGAACAGGCACCUAAAGCCCGGAAGUUCUUUGAGAAGAUGUCUGACAGCAUGUGGUGUGUGAAGAAGACCAAAGAUGGCAAACAGUAUAAACCUGCGGGCUCUCGGAAGCUGCACAAUAUUUUGGGUGUUGAAGCGGGCGGACCGGGCGGCCGGAGAGCGGGUGAAUCGGGUCAUGCAGUUGCAGACUACCUGAAGUUCAAAGACCUGAUCCUGCGGAUGUUGGACUACGACCCCAAGACUCGCAUCCAGCCGUAUUACGCACUGCAGCACAGUUUCUUCAAGAAGACCGCAGAUGAGGGCACGAAUACCAGCAGCAGCGUCUCUACGAGUCCCGCGCUGGAGCAGUCACAGUCGUCUGGAACCACGUCCAGCACCUCCUCCAGCUCAGGAGGUUCUUCUGGGACGAGCACCAGCGGUCGAGCGCGUUCAGACCCGACACAUCAACACCGACACAGUGGAGGACAUUUCAGUGCAGCGGUGAGCAUCGACUGCCACAACCUCUGCCCGCAGGCAAGACAGGCGUUUGCGCCGGCGCUGGGUUGGGUUGGAGGAGACGGACUUCAGCAGGUGUCGGGCGAGACUCACCCCGUCCAGGAGACCACCUUCAGCAUGCCCCCCCACCAGCCCAAGGCUCUUCACCCCCACACGUCCCAGCAGCACCACCAUCAUCAUCACCUUCAUCAACACGCGCAGGGCCCCGCCCGUCCGCGGCCACGCCUCUACUCACCCUCGCACAGCGCCUCCACGCAGGACUCAAUGGAGGUGACGCAUGGACACCUGUCCAUGACCUCACUGUCUUCCUCUGCCUCCUCCUCAUCCACCUCGUCAUCCUCCACCGGCAAACAUCACCAUGGUUACCAGAGCCGGCCACUGCCACAUGGGCUGGGCUUCGGACACAACGGCAGUGUGACUUUAGGACUGGGUGCCUUCUCGAACCCGCGGCAGGAGACGGGCGCGACGGCGCACCCCUCGUACUUAGCGAGCACGAACUCUGGGCCGGGCCGCUACGUGGCCGAGACUCACGCGGGUCUGAGACCUGGUCUGGACCGGGAGGACUCGCCCAUGGCGGGCGUGUGCGUGCAGCAGAGCUCUGUGGCGAGCUCCUGAUUCUCCUGAGAACAUUCACUUUUCAGAUUAAAGCUGCUGGAACGAGACGAGAGCCGAUCACCGAUUGGUCGCCGGGAGCCAUGACAUCAUUGUCUGCGGACGCUUGAUACGAGGCUUUGUUUCUAUGAUGUUUGCUUUGUGUUGUUUUUCCUUUCCGACGGUUUUAGAAGCUCAUUCAUAUGCGCACCUUCACAUUUGGUUUCUUUUUGGGAGUGAUGGAGACAAAAUCUCUGACAUGAAACGCCAGUCGCUGUCUGUCUUGCUUGUUUUCUUCAUGUCGUGCAAUGGUGUGCUUUGAGCAGAGCUUUCCCACAGUGCAAUGAGGGUGUGUGUGUGUGUGUGUGUGUGUGUGUGUGACUGUGGGCAGUGAUUCUUCAAUAUGGCCUUAUCAUUACAGACUGAAUGAGCUGGGCAUUUCUUUAAGCUUUCAUGUGUUUGUCGUGUGAAACACCCUGAAUUCAUGACACAAGAUCACUGACAAACAUGGAAGGUGAUUCGAGGCCUUUUCUUCUCUAGAAAUCCACCGCUGAUCACACGGUCUGAGCGACUAUCCCGCUCUUAUUUUGUGCUUUAUCUCAUUCACUCUGUUUUCACACAUUUGUGAUGCUCGUUUUGUUUUGCUUCUUUGCUUUCACUUCAUGAUUAUGCUGUGAAUUUUACAAAAGUUUUUAUUUUUCCCUUUUGAUAAUUUAUUGUACCAAAGGUGUUUUUUUUUAAUAGAUCAUAGAUGUCUGUAACCAAUAAUGUAGCAGUUCUGCACUUUGACUCAAAGGUGUUUGAUGUAAACGACUGUCAGAACUGAUGUGCUCAUUUUCCUGGACAUCAUCCGCGACUCAAUUUCUGUUGCUCUUUCCCUUCUUCAUUGUCCUCGACACAAGCUUCAGGCGUUUCUUGUUUUUGCUCUCACGGGAUGAUGGAUGCCGCGAGCUGCUCGGCUGGUCCCACAGCAGCUGGACAGUCAGAGGUCAUCUCCAGGCGGGACGCGGGUGCGCAUUAAACCGGUCACCGCUCUCUCUCAGAACUAAAGCAAUCCAACGGAGAUGGAGAAACAGCGUCACAUCACAUCGUCUCUCUCUGUUCGAGCGAUUAUGACGGUUACGAAUGAACGGUUCUUUAGGGUUCCUGUGAUCACGGCUUACCGAGCGAGUUCAUGAAACAGGCUUCAGGUGUUUACUUUGUGACCCCAUUUUAAUAGCUGAAAUAGAAUUUAUGUACAUAUUUAUAUUUUUUUAAUAAAGGAAGUUUAGAACUCACUACUUUUUUCCUAAUGGUAUUUUGAGUACAUUUAAGUCAGCUUGGUAACAUGCAGUGGAAGUUCUCUAUGGUAGUCAAUGGGUAUAUCAGUGCUUCCAGGCCAAAGUAGUUGACGACGCUAGUACAAAUGCAAAACUCUAGGGUUGAAACGGGACGGAGAGUAGAUCUUCAUACCUUAAUAUUCUAGACAGGGUAUCGUGUGUGUGCAUGUGUCUCUACAAUCAGAACACAUCGCCAGUGUUUCACAUGUUCCUAUACUCCAGAGAUAAUGUAGUACAGGAACUCAUUCAGUUUUUUAUUGUGUUAUUUGGACACAAACUUCAGUAAAUGGGUCCAUUUGAAAGCAGAAGUCAGACUGUGUGUGAGAGAGAGUGUGUGUGUGUGAGAGAGAGUGUGUGUGUGUGAGAGUGUGUGAGAGAGAGAGUGUGUGAGAGAGAGAGUGUGUGUGUGUGAGAGAGUGUGUGUGUGUGUGUGUGUGUGUAUGUGAGAGAGAGAGAGAGAGAGUGUGUGUGUGUGUGUGUGUGUGUAUGUGAGAGAGAGAGAGAGAGUGAGUGUGUGUGUGUGAGAGAGAGUGUGUGUGUGUGAGAGAGAGUGUGUGCGAGAGAGAGUGUGUGAGAGAGAGAGUGUGUGAGAGAGAGAGUGUGUGUGUGUGAGAGAGUGUGUGAGAGUGUGUGUGUGCGUGUAUGUGAACGUGAGUGUGUGUGUGUGAGAGAGAGAGAGAGAGAGUGAGUGUGUGUGUGUGUGUGAGAGAGAGUGAGUGUGUGUGCGUGUGUGUGAACGUGAGUGUGUGUGUGAGAGAGAGAGAGUGUGUGUGUGUGUGUGUGUGUGUGUGUGUGUGUGUGUGUGUGUGUGUGUGUAGUGACAAACAUCUACAACACUCAAGCUCCUGCUAGCAUUUCAGGUUACACUUUAUAUUUUUAUUUCUUUUUUUAAAUCUCUCUCCCUGGUCCGAUUCCCAUCUGGUUCACAUUCUCACUCCUCGUUUGGUUCCAGGACAAAUGAUAAUGAUGAUGAUGUAAACAGAAUGACAGACGGAUAUUUCGCAUCUUUAUCCACAGGUUGUAAGAUCAGGACUUUCUGUGUAAAUUAAAAUGUCACUGAAGGGCAGUAAUGGACAAACCCUUUGUACUAUAUUCAAGCGGUCUUAUGUAUGAUUAUAAAAAAACAAAGUUGCUUAA